CUUUAUUUCGCCGUACGAUGGAGGCACGUGUAGUUCCAAACUUCCAAGUCGUCCCCUCUUUCGAAUGAAAACCGUGAGAACUUUGCAAAUCAAAUAUCCAUCUCAUCUCACAUCACAGCUCUCAAAUUUAAGUCUCAAAGCUUCACUCCGACAAUUCAACUCCAAAUCAACCCUCGAAACCCACUCAGAGCUUCAAUUUCAUGGAUGGGCAGACCCAAAUGGAUGAUGAAGCUGGGAGAAUUGAAACUUCUAUGGGAGGGGAACUAAGUUCAUGUGAAUCUCAUAGAAAUCAAGAACCAUAUGAGGGGAUGCUAUUUGACUCGGAAGAAGCUGCAAGAACAUUCUAUGAUGAAUAUGCCACUAGGGUUGGAUUUGUAACUCGUGUUUUAUCUUCCCGAAAGUCAGAGCGUGAUGGGUCAAUUAUUUCACGGGGACUUGGAUGUCGAGCAAGUCCUGAAAAUCAAAAUUCAGAGAGAGUUACACUCCAAAAGCGAGACAGGCGACGAGAAGGUUGUACGGCAAUGAUUUUAGUGAAAAGAGAGAAACCUGGAAGGUGGGUUGUCAGAAAAUUUGUGAGGGACCACAAUCAUCCUCUGGUUGUUUCAUUGCCAAAUAGACGUCCAACUCAUGAUGAGAAAGAUAAGAAAAUUCAGGAACUGACUGCAGAAUUGCGGGUUAAGAAACGACUCAGUGGAGCAUAUCGUGACCAGCUACUUUCUCUCAUGAAAGAUGUCGAAAACCACAAUGAACAUCUAUCAACAAAAGUCCAAGUUGUUCGUAACAACCUCAAAGAACUUGAAGCUAAAAGGAAGGAGCUUUUACUCCAUAGAUAGCCUGAUCAUGUAGAUGAUACUGAACUUCUAACAUUUUCAUCCGAAUGACGAAAAGGAAGCGGUGGCAGAGCCAGAAUGAUAGCUGUAGUUAUGUAAGAAGCAUUGGAAAAGCUGCUGCAGAGUGGAAAGAGUUACAUUGGCUGCGGUUUCGUGACAUCAAAGCCCAUGAGGCCAUGGUUUGUCUUUUAAAUUGGUUCUAGAAAAAUAACCAAAGGACAGUUAGGGUUUCAGAACAGUUGAUUAGGGGAUGACAAUUUGGCAUAAGUCUGUAGUUAAUACAUUGAGUCCUACAAAAUUUAAGAUGGAAUCUUCAGGAUUGUUUGUGUAGGUUCCAUUAAAAUUGAUGUAGGUUGUCUCAUAUUCUAAAGCAAUGAGGCAUUUUUUUUUUUAAACUGUUGUACUUCUUAGUUAAACACCAAUUGACAUAAAUGCUUUGGGGGUCAUAGUUGGAUGUAUUUUCAAUGA